CCCCGUGAUGCCCCCAUAUCGGUGUCCCCGCGGUGGCGUCCCCUUGCUGUCCCCGCGGCGGUGGCCCCGGCGGUGGCAUCGGGCACCUUGCAGGGCGAGCGCUCCGCCCAGGCGACGCUGGCAGCCUGGCAGCGGUACCGGCACGCCUGCGAGCUGCGCCUGCGCCUCGACCCCCCGGCACCCGGUCCCGUCUGCAACCGCAGCUUUGACAUGUACGUGUGCUGGGGGGACGCGCCCCCCAACAGCACCGCCACCGUCCCCUGCCCCUGGUACCUGCCCUGGCACCACCGAGUGCAGGGUGGGGUGGUGGCCCGGCGCUGCGGCCCCGACGGGCAGUGGGUGACCGAUGGCACCGGGCGGCCCUGGAGGGACCACUCGCAGUGCGAGGACCUGGAGCAGGAGCAGCCGCUGCAGGACGUGCCGUGCUGUGUCACGACAUGCCGUGCCGUGUCACCACGUGCCGUGCCAUUUUAUGUCACGCCGUUGUACACCGUGCCGUGCCAUGUCACGCCGUGCCGUGCCAUCUGGUGA